AGAAUAAGUCCAAGGAUAACUUGAAGAAGACUUUGGAAAAGUCGAUAUAUGGUUCAAUACUCUCUUGGAGAAAAAGAGUUUCGUCUUCGUCUUCGUCUUCCUCAUCCUCUUCCUCUUCUCUUCCUCUUGCAAUUCAUACAUCUAACUGAGCCAUGGCCAGUUAUGGAACCAUACACAGGCCAUCAACCACCACUUCUGAACCUGCUUCCGCCCCACAAACAGACAACUCCAAGGCUAAAACCCGGACCGACUUCAAGAUCAUCUGCCCUUUCAACAUACCCCUCACGCCGGAGGCAGCUGCCGUUCGAAUCAUCCGAAACUUGGGCUAUUUCGGAUUGUACUACGCGCUGUUUAUCUGGGUGAUUCUCUUCAUCACCCUUGUACCAAAGCGGAAGCUCUCGUUAAUCCUUUUGGUGGCGAUGACAAUUGUGGCCUGUCUGUACUUGCUCCUGCUACGUGCACUGCCCGAUUCUGUCGUGCUUCAUCGGAUCAUUGAUAAAAGAUUCGUUUUAUUCUUGCUGGUUGUCAUCACCGCGGUUGAGUUGAUUUUGACUCGGGCUGCUAUUCAUUUGUUUGUGACUCUAGCUGCAACAAUACCUAUUGUUUUGGUUCAUGCAAUUUUUAGGGUACGAGAGGAUCUGUUUGUGAACGAGGAGGCUAGUGCUGCUGGAGAGUUGGUUCCACUGGUCUACAAUGGAGUUUCUGAGAAGGACAAGUCAUCCGAUUUGGUUUGAUUCCAUGGUCUACAACGCAGGCUGAUUGAGUCGUGUUUGGGUAAGUAUUAUUAGGUCCAUGCUUAUGUGUGCAAUAUGUCAAUAAAUUUAUUAAAUAAGUCAAAUGGGUCGAUCCGGUUAUGACCUGAUCGGUUAUAACAUUCAGUUUUUGUCCAAUUUUACUUUAUGUUAGUUGAAAAAAGAAAGGAAGAAAAGGAACACUAGCUUUAUGUUGUCUUUCAACAAUUUUCCGUUAUUAUACCCAGAAGUUUGGGGGAAAAUGCCCUUCCAUGGUUAUAAGAGCUAUUGAGGACACUUUAGGCCAAUGCAAAGAUGCAAAGGCUGGUCGUAGAUCAGCUGUCUAUCGGAGCCGGUGG